AGGAAAUUGAUACGGUGACCGCUUGGAUGCUGUGUGACCAGUCAGAGAAAUUGUUUGAGCAAAACAAGACUACCCUGGAGACUUUGCUAUGGCGGAUGGAGUAUGGGGCACGGGCAUCUGACAAUUGGAAACAUUGGAAUGCGUAUCAUUCUAGUCUUUUCGAGCUUUUCUUGAAUAGUUACUUUAAGCGGAGUGACAUGGUGGAGUCAAUCAUGGAACGACUUUUGUCUAUUAUGGAUAACGUAGCAAAGAAAAUGGACUUCACGCCCGUGGCAAAUGACGUUACUUACGCUCAAAUCAACACUGUCGGCGUCCUGUGCGGUAUCGGCCACCCCAUCUGUGUGAAUGCCUCGAGGUUGCUUUGGAAUGAAGGCAGCUCCCUUUGGCAGAAGGGUUACAAGGAAUUCAACCGGUGGGUAAAGAAUAGGUCCUCCAUUCCCGGAAAAGUGGUUAUGGGCAUGCUGCUACGUUUUGGCUCACCCGAAGAACAGGGGACCAUUUUAUCCUGGAUCCGUGAAACGGAAAAUAAAAAAGUUGCACAGGAGGUGAUCGCCCAGUGCACCAAUGUCUCUCUCAUUGAAAUGUUCGCUCGAGAGAACUUCAUGAAUGUAACGGAUUGGAUACAGCUUCCAGAGGCACUGGUUUCAACCGCCUACCGCAGGGCAGCAUUCAGGGUUGCCAUGAGUGUGCCGGAAGCCGUUCGGCGAAAUAAGGGUACAUCGCCAAGCUUCCCAGUCUUAACUGCGACGAAGGAAGCGUAGAAGAAGGUCUUACGGAUGUCCGGGUCAUUCUGGCCAACUUGAAAAGAGGCAGACCAGGCCUGCUUCGCUGGCUCAAAGGAGAACUUCCACCAGCGGUUCCUUGAGCAAGAGCAUCGAUGGAAACACUGGAAUAAUGAGUGGGACCGAUGAAAUAAAG